GUGACGCCAUCGGCCCGCGCCUGAGGCGAGGACGGAGGAAGGGAGCGGGAAGUUUGCAAGACGGUCGCCGGGAUGGAGGAGAAGCUGAACAAGGUUGCGCCAUGGCUGAAAAAAACCUUUGGGGAUCAGCCCAUCCCCCCAUAUGAAGUGGAUCCCCGUACCGUUGAUAUUUUGUAUGAGCUGGCAGAAUGCAACGAAUGCAGAGAUGGAGACGCCAGCCUCUUAAUCGAGGACAUGAAACAGAAAGCAGCAGAGUAUGGAUCAGAUGGUAGUUAUCUGCAGGAUCUGUUGACGGAGAGCCUGAAUCUUUCUUUUAGCAGCCUGUCCAAAGUGAGCGUCACCUAUCUCAAUAACUUGGUGGACACAGCCAUUGCCCUCGAAACAAAAGACACUUCUCUGGCAAGCUUCAUUCCAGCCAUCAACGACUUGACUUCGGAUCUCUGUGUCACUGAGUCGAAAAACAGAGACGUGGAGCUUGAGCUGAGCAACUUGAGAAGAAAGCUCACCUCCGCCCUGGUGCUGGAGAAACGCCUUCAGGAUGAUCUUGUGAAAACGGAAGAACUCCUGGUAAUGGAAAAAGCGAAAGCUGAGAGCCGAACACAGAACAUGAAGUUCUUAAAAGACAAAUCGGAGGAUAUCAAGUUCAGGAUCAAGGCGGCUGAGGAGCAGCUUUCCGCAAGUGGGCUGGAUGCUUCCCUGACUCACGAGUCUCUAGUGAAGCUUUCGGAGAAACUGGCUGAAAUAAAGAAGCAGGCUGUACCUUUGAAGAAGAAACUGGAAUCUUACCUGGAUCUUACACCUAGCCCUUCCCUUGCUCGAGUGAAGAUUGAAGAAGCAAAGAGAGAACUGGAAGCACUUGAAGCAGAGUUUUCAACAAAGGUGGAUAUGACAGCACGGUCGGUAGUAUUACCUACCAAACGACCGUUUACUUAACAAGCUAGGGGUAGAAAGAAAGGGAUGGCUAUGUGCAUGUUGGUUUUUCUGUCUUGUCCUCACGUUAUAUUGUGUUUUCUUCCUUUGCUUUCACUUCUCCAACAAAUGCAAUUGUUAUUAAAAUAAAUUGUACACGUUUUUGUUUUGUAUA